UUUAAGAUAACCGGGUAUGCGAAUACUGGACUGAGCAAGGCUCCAUGUAGGGGUUAGAGAUACGUGAGUUUAACUGGAAGUGAGUCCAGCUGUUCAUAUCUUAUUAUAUUAUUGCAACAUUUUCAUUUGAUUUGCGUUUUAUUCAUUUGGAUAUUACAUUUGUUAUUUUAAAUGGGUUGGCACCACCAGCGGUGUUUUGGUUAAUGAAAAAAGAAAGAUUGUUCAAACCAGAGAGAGAGAGAGAAAGAGAGAAUGAGAAUGAAUGAGAGAAUGAUGUCAGAUCUCCUAAUGUGGCCCACUGUGUGUUGUUAACUGGGUACGGGGGUCGACCGCCUGGUAUCAAAUUGUGAUGCCGCCACAGGGAAUGUCGGAAUACAAACCCGUUUCUGUGUCGGAAAUCCCACCUGUGCCCCCUCGGAGGGUGCGGAGCAGGGAGUUGUCCUCUGCAUCACGAUGUCGGUCCGGUUCGGCUACAGAACGCAAGGUUAAGUGUGUACUGGUCGGGGAUGGAGCCGUCGGUAAAACAAGCCUUGUCGUCAGCUACACUACCAAUGGAUAUCCAAACGAAUACAUCCCAACUGCAUUUGAUAACUUUGCAGCUGUAGUGGCUGUUGAUGGCAGACCUGUGAAACUUCAGCUCUGUGACACGGCUGGGCAGGAUGAAUUCGACAAGCUUCGACCGAUGUGCUACACCAACGCAGGCAUCUUUUUGCUGUGCUUCAGUGUAGUCAGUCCUUCCUCAUUUCAGAAUGUGACCGAGAAAUGGGUUCAUGAAAUCCGGUGCCACUGCCCCAGCGCCCCCAUAGUGCUGGUGGGGACACAGUGUGAUCUGCGGGAGGACGUGAAAGUGCUGAUUGAACUGGCCAAAUGCAGAGAGAAGCCAGUGGACCAGGAAGAGGCACGACACUGUGCAGAGGAGAUAAAAGCUGUCUCAUACAUGGAGUGCUCCGCGCUGACUCAGAAAAACCUCAAAGAAGUAUUUGACACUGCAAUUGUGGCAAGCAUCCAACACGCAGACGCCCAACCGCUGCAGAAAAAAACUAAAAAACGGACUCCUGACAAAAUGAAGAACCUCUCUAAAUCGUGGUGGAAAAAGUACUGCUGUUUUGUGUAGCUGUAAUAGUGAAAUCGCCCCCAAACCAGUACUGGACCACUGACUUGCGCCACAGAAUGAGAUAAUAUAUAAGCUACAUUAGCUCAAUAUAAAUUUCCUGUUUUUAUAUUUUUCUUUUCCUUGCACUUGUUCAGAAGACUUGCGCAUCCUUGAGUGGUGCUGGUGACAGUGUGCACUGAAUGUCGGCGAGUCCCACAGCCUCCCCAGGAGGGUUCUGUCUUUGUUUCAAAUGCAGAUUGUUGCAGCAUGAGCAAGAACAAUACCUGGCAAUCCCCCUGAAAUCGUGUUUGGCUUAUAAUACUGUUGCACAGCCUUUAUCAAAGCUAGGUUAGAGGACAGAGGCAGUGACCUAGGAACUACCUAUAUGUGUUUAGAAGGUUCUUUUAAACAUAUAACAAUGCUGCAUAAAUGGGGAAUACCCCCUCCCCAUUUCCCAUUCCCCAUUCAUAGUCAAGUAUUGCCUAAUGUACAUAGAAAAAUAUUUUAGUGCCAUUUCAAAAUAAUAAAUACAGAAGAGGAAUGGGUGAUAGGAAAUUAUUUAAUUCCCAAUAUAUUCUACAGUAAUAUAGGCCUGGAUGUAAUUCAAAGGAUAAGGUCUGUUAAAGAAGGUGGUUCUAUUCCCCGCUCAAUUUCAUAUGAUUUAUAUACAACGAUUCAGAUACACAUCUUUUACAUUCCUGUGCUUAAUUUGAAACUUUAUUGCUAGCAUAUGUUUUUUUUUUUGUUUUUUUUUUUAAAUAAAGACACAAAUAUUUAGUUCAGUAAUAUGGUAAAAAUGAAUGUAGGUGUACUAUGAUAUGAAGUAAAGGUUGUGUUUGUCUGAUGAUUGAAGUGCAGUUAAACCACAAUAUGGUUAGCCACAUUAUGAAUGUUAGAGAUACAGGAAAACUGAAACUAAAUCAAGUCUUUUACUAGGUUAGUAAGACAACAUGGGUUUAUCAGCUACUUUAAUAUUCUUAUUGGUUUUUUUGUUGUUUUUUUUUCAAUGGAAUUAACAUGAAUGACCCUCAAUUGAUAUGUAACGGAUAGUGUUGGGAGGUUUUCCCCAAAAAGGUGAACAUGUCUCCCUUAUAAAAGUUUACCACAGUAAAUUUGCAUGCUAAUUUUGCAGUUAUGCUAGGUGUUUAUCGUAUUUUACCGUGGUCUACCAUGUUUAAUAUGCUUUACCUGACCUCUUUGUGCUUUACCAUGCUGUCCUCCCUGUGCUUUAUUACCCCUUGCUGUGAUUUUACUAUGGUACACUUUUAUAAAGGUUAACACACAGUAUACAGUAUAUACAAGAAACUUUGUAUCCUAUGUUGCGGUGAUAGUUUGUUGACGUUUUUUAAAAAGAUAUCCUAUAUCAGCUUGGGAAUCAAAUACAUUUCUCAGCUUUCACUCAAUAUUAUUUAUCCAAUGCUGGCGCUUUGACUGAAAUGAAUGCCGCUUGCAGGACUCAGACAGCGAGCAUUGUCCCAAAAGGGAGCACUAUGCUGCUUACGCAUUCACACAUCAUUUGUCAGAAAUCAGCUGGGCAAUUAAACUGAAGAAAUGUGUUCAGUUUUAUCCCCAGUCCUAUUCAUGACCACAGUGUGUGAAUAACAGUAUACAAAAAAUCAGCACAUAUAUUGCUGCCAUACAUCAUAGUUAAAGUCAUGUGUUUCUGUAAGCAGUUCUGUAACCCAUUAGGCAUACUGUGUUAAUGUACAUAUUCCAGCCUUGGCUGUAUGAAUUGCACAUAAUUUUACUUUACUGGGAUGUCUGCAAUGUUAUUCAUUAUUUAGUACAAGCUUCAAUUAAUCUGUAUACAGUUGUCUAUAGUAAUUGGAACCAGGUACUGAGAGUCAAAACCAAAUCUUAUGAUUUUUAAUUAGUUUUUUCCCAAUCAAAACGUUUUCAUAAACAAUCAUAAUACAACCCCUGUACCUUUUAAUAUAAAUGUAAAGCAUUGAACUAUAUCUUAAAAAUCAGAGCUGGAUUGCUGGUUGGCACAUUUUCAAAGACAACAGGUACAAUGCAGAUCAAGAUAACCACAGAUUUACUGUGUCUGAAUACAGUCACAUCCCCGGUGAGGUUAUUUUCAAUGUGGAAGCAUCUAAAAAAACAACAGAGGUCCCUUUUGUAAGUUAUUCCACUACUACUAUUAUUAUACUAUUAUAAGUUGACAAGUGGAGAUAUCUUUUUAAAAUUAUAAUUCAACAGAGUGAAUCUAGGUUAGAUCUCUUGGGAUAGUAAUAUCUAUCUGUUGCAGGGGUGCAUUAUAAACGCACUGAAUAAUUACUCCAAUGUAUGGAAACUAUUUUCUGCAUAUUGAAUGUGAAAUGAGAAGUCUUACAGGGGUUACUACAAAGUUUCCCACUCCUUUUGCCAGUUUUCCUUUUUAUUACACCUUUUAGUCACAUUCCUUGAAUGACUUCAAUUGUUUGAGAAAUAGCAGUAUUAAGCAGGUUGUCUGAGCAAAUCUAUUGAAAUAGUCAACUGGAAAACCAAGGGAUUCAUUUCUAAACUUGCAAAUGUUGUUAAUUUAGUCAGAUUGAAUACAUGUUGUAAUCUGUCUUGGGGUUUGUUUUACAGUGAAUCACAUGUAUCCUCUGUACUCUGUCACAAGACCUUUAGUAACUAAACUGCACUUUCUUAGAUUUUUACAGGAGUCAUUGAUACUUCUUUUCUAAUAAAAUAUUACACUUA